CUAGGUAUCUACCAACGGCCAAGCUUCCCAUUUCUUUCUUCAUUCCUUACAAGUACACUAGGCUUCAUAUUCCAGCUUCGGCCACUGGGGAACGGCUAGAAACUAAGAUUGCUAUGCGUGGCUAUCUACACAUAGCGCACCGGCAUCCGCAGCCCAUCCACCCCUCUGCCGAAUACAAGAAAAAGCCAGGACGCCUUACUGCAACAGGAAGUCGAAGCGAGUUAAGGUUUAUAUACACUCAAAGAAAUUGCAGUCCCAUUCCCCCAAAACAGUCACCUUCUGGAAUAGGUUCUGCUUGGUCUUCCACGCAGCCUUAACAACAUCCAUAAGGCACAUGCGGGAGUACUCUUGCGAGUGAAUUCUCGACACCCAUAUCAUACACUCGAGGAUGCAAAUAUCACCCAUAGCAACCCUCGAAUUCACCAUGUCGCAGAGAUCGGUGCAUGACCAACGCAGAGCACCUAGCCAGAGCAAGAAUAAAACUACGAGCUCAUCAUCACAAGCAACCUAUCUUCCUUCCGCUGAACCACCUCCACCAAUAAGCUACGUGCGUAUUGGCAGCCUUGUUGCUGUAGCUCGAGCAGACAACCUCAACAAACCCUACGAGUUUUCUGAAGAGGCAAUUGCUGAGAUCGAGGAGGAGUGGGGCAUGAUGGUAGGCGAUGCGCUCGCUCGGUUUGACAACCGUUUGACUUGUGGCAACUGCAGUCAAAUACACAUGAAAGACCAGGUUUUCCGCAUGCUAUCCGCGUUGAAGCUGGAAAUGGAAGGAGCCGGAGUGGAGGACAUAGACGAGGGUCUUGUGAGAGGAUUUCAAAGAGAUUUUGAGGAGAUCUGGAGAGUCUAUCUUGAUGGAGCUAAAGAUUCGGAUUGUGAUGAUUGGAGCUAGGGGAC